AUGGGUGCUGCUACACUAGGUGACGAUAUCGACCUCGCCAAUACCGUAAUGAUUGGUGACGACGCAAAAGACGAUGUUCUUGGAGCAAUCAAAUCUGGGAUGAAAGGCAUUCUUGUUCGUACAGGGAAAUAUAGAAAAGGCGAUGAGAAGCAGAUACCCGAAGAACGAAGGAACUGCGUGGAGUCCUUUCGCAGAAGCAGUAGAUUUAAUUGA